AUGAAAAAAAAAUCUGAUUGGUUAUUAGCUGUUAUUAAAUUUAAGAAUGCUUAUUUUUUAUGUGAAUUUGAAACAGAUAUGCAAAAAAAAGAUGAACAAAAUAUGACACCUGAACAUCGUUCAUUUUGUUAUUAUGGUCACAAAUUUGAAGAAUAUGUUCCUAAAAAUAAUACAUCAACUGAAUCAUUAAAUCCUUCAAAACAAUUUGCUGGAGUAUUUCAAGCAACAAUAGGUUCUUAUCGUCUAUUAUAUGGUGCUGAAAUGGAUUGUGUAGUAGAAAAAUCAUCAUCGAUAACUGAACAUAUUGAACUUAAAGUUUGUGCUGGAAAAUCACUCGAUGAUCUACCAUUUAAACAUAAUCGAAAAUUUGCUAAAUGGUGGAUUCAGUGUUUUCUUGUUGAACAUGUUACAAAUGAAUACUCACAUAUUCAUAAAGAUGUUGUUCUAUUUCAUUUUUUACCGUCGUCUCAAACAAUUACAAUGACAAAAUCAUCUGAUUCAAAAUAUCAUUUUCUUUCUGAUUGGUUCUUCAAUCAAUUCAUUUAA